AUGGACCAACUUAGCUCCCUCUACGUCCGCAUGGCGAGCGGGACGCACAGCCAGAUACACAACCCGAGCUCCGUCAUGGGCUUUGUGGACCAGAUGCAGAGUCGCAUGGAGAAGAGCUCGGCGCCCCGCAAGAACUAUCUCAUCGACUCCUCCACCCCACACAGCGACACCGUCAUUGCGGAGUCGUCGGCGCUGAAGCCCAGCGUGGGGUGGGUGACACUGCAGGUGACGGAGGGUAUUCGCCGCGGCAUCCACGAAUGGGGCAUCAAGAUCGAGCACCACGGCGAGAGCAAUGAUGGCAGCGGACUCAUGCUCGGCAUCGUGCCAAAGAAUUUCACAAAGUACGACACAUUUAUUUCGCAGGGUGGCGGCUGGUGUCUCAGUCGGGCCGGCAAAUUUUACGGCCACUGGCGUCGCACCGACAGCGGCGGCGGUGUCCUGACUUUUGGCACCGGCGACCGCGUCGUCCUCACCCUCGACUACGACGCCGCCGUCAUGACGGUGCGGGUGGGUGACAAGACGGUCGUCGGCGAGCUCAGCGGACUAACAAUGGAGGUGUUUCCCGCCAUCUCGCUCCACUACCGGCACCAGCACGUUCGCUUCGACCACCACGCCGUCCGCGAAACGGCCGAGCAGCACCUGCCGUGGCUGCAGCGCCAGGCCUUCCCGUUCGCACCGGCGUUCUUGCCUCUUAGCUUUGCGGAGGUGCAGCGGCUGCCGCUGAACUCCUACCUCUUUAGCAACCUUUUUCAACACCACACGUCGCUGGAGUGGAGCAGCGCGAUGGCCAACACCGCGGACAGCGGCGACGCUGGCCACCCGGCCAUCUCCGUCCCUGGCGCUUCUGACAAGAAACGCAACGCGGCGGCAUCACUGUCGUCCUCCUCGGCUGCCCUUGCCGCUGCACGGCGUGCCGAACAGCGAGCGAUGCGCUUGUACACGUCCUCUGAAGCAGCGGCGGCGCGUCUAACAGUGCUGUCGCGCGCCUUUGCGGCGGUUCGCCGGUACGCUGCUGUGGUGCCUGGGAAAAGCCGUUUUCUUGCUCCUCACGUGACAGCGGAGUACCUUCGGCAGCGCCUGUACUCGGCGGCGCGCGAGCCGAGUCUCGGCAGCGGCGGUGGCUCACCCCUCACGACCUCUGGAGGCCUUUCGAGCAGUGGCGCCAGCACCUUCCGCCUCGCUGACAGUGCCGGCUACGACGCCACGCUGAACUGCGGUGCCGUCAUUGUCGUGCACUUGUUUAUCCGCGCCGUGUCGAGUGGGCAGGAGGUGGCCGUCUCACUCGUGCACAGCUUCCGCGACUACCUGCUCUCCCUGCCGAUCUUCUCCCUGGUGGAGUACGACGGGUGCGCCAGUGGCAGCGGCUGCAGUGGCGGCGGUGGCGGUGCGCGUGGUGCCCCUUUCAGUGGCAGCGGCUGCAGUGGCGGUGGCGGCGGUGCGCGCUCGGCGCUGGCGCCCGACACGGUGCAGCUUGCCGUGGACCACAUCGUGAGGCUGGUGGAAUCUGCCCUUAAAGCCGCUGAGGCACCACCCACCACAUCGGCGCAAACCCCAAGUGGCAGUAGCUCAGGCUCAUCGACCGGUAAGCGUAAAGACGGCGGCGGUGACAGCCCACCUGUUACACCGCUGACGUCGGCGCUGCUCGAGGUGGCGGUGGUGCUGGCUCUGCAACGUGGUCUCGUGAGUGAAGUGCUGCGCGUGUCACGGUACCUCUUACGCGCGCCAUCCGGUAUCUUCUCGUCCCCCUUGGUGCAUUGGUUGAACCGGCAUGCCGCCGGCCUCACGCCGCAGCAGGUCUUGCCAGACGUCGGACGAGCACUGAAGCGUGCAUGCGAAGACCCCUCUGCUUUCAUACCCACGCCAGUGGACCCUAUGACGAGGGUGCUAUCGGUGGCCUACGGCAUCGGUGCUACGCUGUUUGUGCACACGGCGGACGGACUCACCAAGUACGGCCCCUCCGCCGCCACACCAUACGCCCUUGUGGUCGAGACGAGGCAACCGACAACGUACUGCGUUGGUGCAGCCUCGUCCAGCUUGGCGGUGACGCACACCCGCGUACUGCUGCUGACAGACCUCAUGGCAACCGCCGAGGUGGCGCUGGUUGUUUAUGGGCUCCAGCUUGACACUCACCAAGUCCUGCGCUGGGCAGAGAUGCACGGCAGCUGGCCCUGCACGCCUAACGCGCACCCCCAGCUCGUGAGCACCACAGAGGAUCGCGUCCUUGUCGUCUACGAGGACCACCAGCAGCAGACACCGCCAGCGCGUGUGCUGAACGGCGCAGCGGCAGCAGCCGGUACGCCGGCGAGCGCAGCGGCGAACGGUGGUGUGGGACGCUCCACCGCUGGUCAGAGUCUCUCCGCUGCAGCCGCAACAGAGACCUCGGCAGAGUGGACCGUUAUGAUGCACUGCUACAACGCUGCAACAGCUUCUUCGCUCACGGCGGCGCCGCUCUGGGCACGUGCGUUGCACCCCGCCGCGGCCCCGGCGGGGCUCUGCCUGAACCGAUGCCUUGCCCUGCGCAAGCCCAGCCUGGUUGAUCUGGGCAGCCCAGAGGAGCACUUGACCGUGGCGGGCGGGCAGGUGACGGUGGAGGUAUGGGUGCAGUUCCUCGACAAGGAAGACGCGGCAACGCUCUACCAACACGGCGACCGCAGCACCAGCGGGGAGGUCUUUAUUGAGCUGAUCAAGUCGGAAGGCGCGUACUGCAUCCGGGGCGGCUAUCGACACGAGAUGCGCGGCUCGUGUCUUGUCUCGGCGCCGCUGCCGCCCACGGCGGAGAGCCGACCCUUCCACAUCGGUCUCGUCUUCAACGGGCGAUGGCGGCUCCUGUUUGAUGGUGAGGAAGUGGCCGGCAACCGCCAGGGCCCACACGUGUCACUCGACUCGCCAAAGCAUCGGUGGACGGUGGGGACGAACUGCACGUGCUUGCUGACGGGCUUGCGCGUGUGGCGGCUGGGUCGCACGGCUCGGGAGAUCAGUCGUGACUACCGCCGCUCCCUCGUCGGCGACGAGCCGGGGCUUGUGGUGCAGCUCUUCUUCAACGAGAAGAACGGAAACGUGGUCUUCAACUACGUGCACAACGUCAAGGCGUGUCACGCCGUCUGCAUUGGGGCCGUGACCCACAAAGCGUGCGAUGCGCACCCGUGGCGCAGCUAUGGCUCAGGCGGGCUUGGCGGUAGCAGCGCUGCUGCGGCAAGUGUGUCCUUUGCAUCGACAGUAACAGCGUCAGGCGCGGCUGCGCCGGCGGCCGCGUCGUCACCGGACGUCACACCGGUGUGCGCACGGCUGCACGAGUGGCGCAAUCUCGCCAUCAGCACCUGCUGCGCCACGCGACAUGCGCUCAUUGUGAGGACGCCCAUCAGCGAUGAUGGCCCGUACGCGCUAAAGGAGGGCGGUCACGUGCUCAUGUUCUUCGACCUCGCUGCCGGCGUCGCGCAUCACUCGCUCUUCUUCCUGACAAGCCGCAGCCCGGUGCGACAUAUGAUGCGCGCCGACCCGCAGGGGCGGCUGUGGGAGCUGUUCGAGGUGGAUGUCGGUCUUGUAAAGGGGGAGCAGGAGGCGUCCUACCUGCUCUCCCUGCUCAGCAACCCCAGGGCAGCACCGCAGCGACCGCGCGACCGGGUGCUCGCCGUGGCGCCCCUGCCGCUCAUGGAGGAUGAAGAGGGCCUGGACAACCUCAGCACCCUGGCGAACGAGGGAGAGGAGGGGAGUGGCGACGGUGCAGAGGAAGCGGAGUCGCGCGACUCGUUGGGCUCGACAAUGACGAGCGAGAUCAACCCUGUCGGCAUGGACCGCAGCACGGCAGACCCUCAGGGAUCUAGCGAGGUGGCUGCGCCAGAGGCCACCCAGACCCUCUCACGCUUGUCGUCCUUCACCGAACUCGUCGCACAGCCUUCGUCGGUGGUCAGCUACAGCACGGUGGCGUUGUGGCUUCUGAAGCUUCUGGCCCUCCACGCCGAGGCGGAGCCCGGCGUCGAUCAGACACUCUUCUCUCCCCUCGCGGACGAUGUGGGGAGUCGAUGCGUGACGGAGGUGCGGCUCAUCUUGGGCGAGCACUUCCGCGUUGUCAAGUCGAGCAACGCGCGUCGUGCCGUGGCGCUGAAGAGCUCCGUGUCUUGGGUGGUGGUGGCGGCAGCGCUGCGCGUCUUACUGCGGCUGGUGCGCCGUGCGCGCGCCUUCGGCCUCCACCCCACGCCGUUGGGGCUGACAGUGGUGAGAGAGGGCACAGGGCACGACGGUGGCAACGCGGCCGACGGCUCACAGAGCUCACCAACGCACGUCUCCAAGGCCACAAUGACGCUGCUACUGCGCGAGCUGCACGCGUCUUCGCUACGACGACGCGCCAGUGCGUCGGUGGAGCGGUCGCGGCGGUCGGCGAUUGGGCACCACGGCAGUAGGAGUGCAGACGAUGGUGACGGCUUCUCGAAGGACAGCUUUACCCUACUAGGCCUCCUCGGCGACAUCAUCAACGAGGAUGGGCUCACACUCUCGCCGGAUGUCGUGACCCUCGCCCGCAUCAUCACCAUCGAGGGCGUCGAGCUAUUCUUGCCCGACGUCCGCCAUCGCGCGCAUCUCCUGCGAGACCUGCUUCGCGCCUCCUCCGGCGUCUCCUCGCCUCGCGCCUCCACGGCCGCCGGGGGCGCAGCUGCUGCCCCAUCGCCGUCCUUCGCCGCGGAGGACCGAGUGCCGGCUAUGGAAGCGCUGCUUGACGCAGUGGCACAGAGCUUCACCACUGUGCUCGCCGCGGCGCCUCUGCUCGGAGUGGAUGACGACAGUGCAGGGCCGGGCAGCGCGGCAGCCCUCACGGAGCUCUGUGACACCCUUUCCACGCUUCUCGAGGAGUCGUCUGUGCAGUGGCAGCGUCUGUGGGCUGCGAGCACCGCGACGCGGUCCAUCCGCAAGUUUUCGGCCUUUGCGACAUCCCUGUCGGAGGCCAUCGCAUCGCUGCAACUACUGCUGCUCAGCGCCUGUCAGGGCUCGCGGUGGGAGGUGGUGCUGACGCUGAUGUACGCUAGUGGCGGCGGGAGCGCCGCAAACCGCGUCACGGACGCCACCCGCGUCCGCGACGGGGGUGGCCAGGGUGACAGUAGCAAUUCCGGCAACGGCGCGACAGCGAACGGGGUAGCUGGAAGCAGCGUCGGCGAUGUGAACGGCGGCGGCGCAGGUGUCGGCGGCCCGGACAGCGUCGCGGCCGCUGCGCUCGAUCUACAACGACUAUGCUUCUCGCAGGCCGCCGCCUACCACCCUUGCGUGCGGGUCUACUACAGUGCACUCUUUGAUAGCACCGAAGUCUGCCUAAGCCUUUGCGUGCAACAACCGGAGCAACAGCCGUCGACAGGCGGUACCUCGAAGACUGCAGAGCGGGGCGGCGACAGCGGCGCGGCGCUGUCAGCGAUGCUGUCGAGCCUGGCCCCAAUGUUCGUGAACGCUCCAUUGCACACGGCCCUGAGCGCUAUCCCACUGGUCCUCGCUGCCGAGGACGCGGAAUGGUUCCUCAAACACCUCGAGCACCUGCUUGUGCUGUGCGAGGCGCUGUUGGAGCAGGUGGAGUUGCUGACGAGACCCAACAGCGGCACGGACAUCUUCACCAGCACCACCAACACCAGCAGCCCGAUCCUUCCUGGCAGUGGCGGCGCCACCUCUGCUCGACGGCUCGUGUGUUCGCUGCGCGAGGCGCUCUUCUACGCCUCUGUGUGGGUCGCGGCAUUUCUCUUCAACAGCACGGCCGUGUCCUCCGCCAGUGUCAAGGCCGAUGCGGUGCGGCGCCGACUUGGCCUCUUGUCCGUCACGACAACACCGACGACGCAGCGGCAAAAGGAGCAACUCAUCGGCCACGCACCGUCCGUGGCAGCAGUGACGAACAGCACGACGGAGGCGUCAGCGUCCAGCAGCACCGCUGACGACGCAGCCUUCGCCGCAGUGGGUGAGGAACUCGCCCGCGUCUGGGAGCACCCGCUUCUAGAGGGUGGCCUCUGGCCCAGCACCGUCGCGACAGCGGCGGCUGCGCCUCAGCACCGAGCGCAGUUCGUGUCGCAGCUGAUCAAGAACACGGCGUACUGGACUGCCAAGCAAACUAUGCUGGAUCCUCUGGCCACGAGGUCACAUCCUGCCAUGGGCCCUCUCAUCACCGCCAUGGCGGCGGCGGCGUUGCACCUCAGCGCCGUACCACUGCAGCGCCUUCCGCCGACGCAAGUGGAGGAGUUGAUGUGCGCGGUCAUGCGAAAGCUCUCGCGGCCAAUUCGCACCGAGUUGCUAAGCCGACGUGAGGACGGCGAAGACGACGUCAGCAGUGGACUUCCGUCACCCUCCUCGCCGUCGCCUCCUUCAUUGAGUCGGCCGGAGUCCCUGAGGCAGACGUUGGCAGAGCUGCAGCGUCGCUGCGAGGUGCUACUGCAGGCACGGACAUGCACCGAGCUGUGGGCGGUGGAGGACGCCCUGUUUUGUAUUCCGACUGAGCGUGCCGCCGCUGGUCGCUCGCUGGGGUCUGGGAAGACUGCAUGGGUUCACUCCCCUCUCCUCCCGGGAGCCUCAGCACCGUCCUCGUCGGCGCCGAUAGCGCCGAGCGCCUUGGGUGCGCUGCGCUCUGCGUGGAGCUCGUACCAGCUACGGCGAAUGCGCUUCCGCGCGCACGCCAGCUCGCACCCGAGCUGGACGCUGCACGAGGCCACGCAGCUCGUUACGAACGUGGUACUCUCUCGCCAGAUCACGGCGGAUCUUCUGCGCGCCGCUCUGCAACAGCGCGAGGAGCUGGCUGCGUUGAGGCGUACAGGUAUCGAACACAUCUUCCGGCUCGUGCAGCGGGCCCCACACAGCGCCGAGAGCGCCGCUCAGCUGCUCAGCGCACAGGGUCGCGGCGCGCACACGCACUAUGAGGAGGGCAUCGGCGGCUGCGGCAGCGCCCACGUUGACCACAUUCGCCGCACCCUCUUCGACCUGCUGCGCUGGUCAAUGGAAGAGAUGCCGGCUCAGCUGGGCGCUAGCGGCAGUGCCACGCGCGAUGGUGGCAGUGCGCCACUCUCCAUGACGAGCACGGCAACGGUGCUGUGCAGUCUUCUCGACCGCAGCUGGCGGCCGCGUGACUUUGCAUUCUUUGUGCAGCUGCGGGUGGUGCCGACCAUGAUGAUGACGUACGUAACGCUCUUUGUGUCCGCCAAGCGCGCCUACGACGAGGAAGCGGCAGAAGAGACGUCAGGGACGCGCAGCAGCGGCGACACGUUUGGGCCGCGGCGACACUCUACCGUCGCGGUCGCAAUGACGGCAAGCAGCGGCAGUGCUAGUCCGACAGACGAUGACGCGACGGCGACGGACUCGCGCGCUGGGUCGGUGGAGCUGCGCCACAUCAACCUCGCGGAGCGGCAGAAUCGCGAUAGGCUUAUCGCCGCGCAGCAGGCGCGUCGCACGAGCAAGAGCGCGCUGAUGACAGCCUUCACGCUGAAUCGGACCGGCAGUACCGGUGGCGGCGGUGGUGCAGCGCACGGCUCUGCUGGGCUCAUGAGUGGCGGCAGCGGCGACACCGCCCUCCAGCACACGGCCGUGGAGGCGAUGCAGGCGAGGGUGUGGCAGUGCUUCAAGAAUUUGGCUCUCCAGUCGACGGCGAUGCUGACGCCCGAGCGCAUUGUCAGUUUGUCGCGAGUCGAGCAGACCUCUGUCAUGUCGUUCUUAGCUGGCGUGCUCGGCGCGAUGGAGACAGAGCUGCGGCUGUGUCGGAGCGUGCUGUCGCGGGCCGUGAAGGACACGCCAACGCUGCUAGCGCAGGCGAGCGACGCUGCCGUGCUGGAGCCGCUGGUGACGGUGCAGGACCAGGUAGACCUGCUGCUGAGUUUCCUGUCCGUCGUGAGCGGGACGCUCUGCUCGGCCUCUUUGUCCGUCAGCGUCUCUGCGCAGGUGGACGGCACCGCAGCAGGCAGCGCCUGUGACGGCACGGCACUCUUUCUCAGCUACACCUUGAGCACGGUGUGCGCCAACAUCGCAGAGACUCUGCUUGAGCUCGUCUUCUUGGACAUGUACCACGCGCGCGCGGUGAGCGCCGACGCCGGCGUGGGGUGCGUCGUGCGAGACGCCGCGGCGUGUGCCAGGGUCGCGGCGCUGCUGCUGUGUCGGUGCCAGCCGUCUGCCGUCCGCGGCAUCACCGUUGCACCGGGUGUGUGGCAAGAAAUGUACGAGUCGCCAGUAUUCGCGAAGAUGCCGUUGUCCACCUCCCCGUCUCGGAACGGCGGCCAUCCGUGCAUGCAGAGAUGGCGAGACCUCAGCGUGUACGCCUUGGCCACGACAGGCAUGAGUCGCACAACUCAGCACAUACUGCUGGGCUUCCGCCGACUCCUGCAUCAGCCAGCGUGGGCCGCUGAGUUGCACGGCUUCGCGUCAUCCUACCAGGAUGUUGUCCACGCUUACGCAGCGUCCGUGCUUAGCAGUCGCAGCGGUGAAGGCGACGUGGUUGGCGCAGCAGGUAAGGCGACAUUGAUCGGCGCGGCCGUCGGUGCGGCAGGCAAGAGCAGCAACCUCUCCACAGGCGCCGCGACCCGGGACCGCGAGGUGCAUGCUGUCCACCUGUACGUGUGGUCGGCGGUACUGGGUGGUCAGCUGCUGGUUCCCCCAACCUCACCCGGCGCGUCCGUUACUUUCCUGGACGAGAAGGACGCCUAUCAGGCCGUCACCGCGUGCGUAGUGGACGUGGAGGCAAUGGCGCCGACGUUGGUGGGGCCCGGCGGCAUGUCUGCCAAGGCUGGCACGUCGUCCUCAGCCCAGUGCGGGCGGCCUAUUCGCGGCUCGAGCCACUUCGUACUCAGGACGGCGACUACCGCCGCUGAGGGCGAGAAGGUGCGCGGGGUGGUUGUCGUACCGACGGAUGCAACAAGUCACAGCGGGAAUACAGAGGAGGUGCAGCUGUCGCCGAGCCAGCUCUUCUUGCCAGCCUGGGAAAACGCCAUCGUGGUGCCAUUGUACGCAGGCCUGGUCGAGGACUUCCUCGCACCAGCGCUGCGCCUCUGUGUGCCGCUGUUGAGUGAAAAGCUGGACACGGCCGCCGGCUUCACAGGAUUCGAGCUGACCUACUUUAUGACUCUCUUCCACCUCACAGCCGGCGUGGCGCGCGCGCGGCCGGACCUGGGGCGGCAGCUCAUCCAGUGCGGCGCGAUGAAGCCCAUCCGGCAGUACGCAUUGCAGGGCGUGGUGCGGCUUCCAUUCCCGUUGAAGGCGCUCCGAGAGUUCGGCGCCUUGGUGGCGGUGCGGGCGGCCGAGGCCACAGCGGACCACAUCUACGCCCCGGAAGACAGCACCGACAAGUCCGGUGGCGUGGCGAGCAGCGUCGUCGGUGUGGCCGCAACAAGCCGAGCAGAGACGCCCUCGCUCGCUGCUGCCCUGGCGGCCGUCUCCGCCACUGAAAUCAGUCGUGUCAGCCCCGGGUCGCGAUCCCCGUUCGGCUCGCCCGUGUCUGCGCAACACCAGACGUUGCCCGGGGUGAGCGAAGCUCUGCUGGAGAGCCUCCGCAGCGUGUCGCCCGGGCCCUCGGUAGGAUACCCGGCCACCUUCCUCUCUGGCCCUCCCCAAUCCAGCCCCGCCGCCGCAUCCUCAGCCGGCUUCCUGCGGGACUCGAGCGAGUACGGCCUCUCACGUCUCGCGCGCAGCUUGGGGGUGUUUGGCGGUGCCUACGGCGGGGCCGCGAUUAGCGGCGCCUCCUUGCAGCACCCGAUGCGGACGACAGGUGCGUCGGUGGCAACCAUCCUCAGCGGUGGCUCAGGUCUUACCAGUACGACGGCACGCAUCCCACCGCGCACGGAGGUGGGAAGCGGGGCCCCGAUGUUUCUGUCCUUUCCCAUGUGGCCUGCACACGACGUGCCACUUUGUGGGGCUGCGGGGCAGCCGUACGUACCAGCCGCUGUUGAGAUCACACCGUCACGCGCCGGCGUGCACUUCCCCGUCUGGGAGGACGGCUUCGCGAUCGAGCUGGCGGUUCUGCUCAGUGACGGCGAUAUGUACCCUGCCAUGGGUGACGCGCUGAGUGUGCCGUGCUCGUGGCCGAGGCAGCAGCUGGCCGCCGCCGCCGGCACCACAGCGCUGGAGUUUCCACUCUUGACCCUGUACACGUCCGCGGACGGCGGCAGCAGUGGAGCGGUGGCGGCGACGUCGUCCGAUGCGGACCUCUUUCCUUUUCUGCGGUUAAGUGUCCAAGAGAACAGCCUCAACGUCGUCGUGCGCCUCCCCUCCUCCUCCAUCGGCGCAGCAGACGACAAGGAGGCACUGCACUGCAGCGCGAGGCGCACGCUGCGCCGCGAGGACUGGUACCACUGCAUGCAUGUCUCCGUUAUGUGCAACGCGCAGAGCCUGGCUCUCUCCCGCAACGGCGAGAUGACGUCUGUGGAGUGGGGUGGCGCGGCUGGUGUCGGUCGGUGCGCAGAGGCGCUGCUGCGACGAGAGGGUGCCAUCCGCAAGGUCGUCCUCGGGCGUGCGGCCACUGGACUGCCGUCUGCGCUGCCUCGCGAGGUGGAUGGACCGAUGGCGCUGAUUGGGGGGCUGCGACUGUGGAGCACCUCCGUGUUGCGGACGUCUCUCCGCGUCGUCGCGGAGCUGGUCGCUCGCGACCGGGCGCUGCAGUCGAUCGGCCUGCACGAGAAUGUGUGCUACCUCGAUCUCAAGGAGGGCACCGGCGCCGUCGUCGAGUCGGCGGACAGCCAGAAGCAGUUCCGCGGGGUCCUCUCUGGUGGCGUGCGGUGGGCAGCAGAGCCGCUGCCGCUCGGCUUCUACCCGUCGAUUGAACUCAACUCCGGCAGCGUGCUCGACGGAGUGACGGCACCACUGGCGAGCAGCAUGCGCGUGCCGCGCGUCGCCAUGGCCGCCUUUGUCGACUCGCUCUCCCCCUUCUACUACGAGCGCUUCGGUGGCGAUGUGCUGUGGUCGCUGCUGACAUUAGCGGCGCGCUACGCGACGGUGACGGCGCUGGAAGUUGGCACGAGCCCCGCCUACGCCCUGCACUGCCUCGCAGACACAUCUGUGACCUCCUCAGCCUCCGCCGUUGCUGCGCGAAGUGCCAUGGCCUUCGAUCCUCGCCAAGUGCUCGACCCCGCUCAGAAGGUGCCGCAUCAGUUGAGCCGCCUGUUCCAGCUCCACGACAGCGGCUACCUGCCCAACGCGCACGAGCGCCUCAUACACGCCGUCGUGCAGCGCCUCGUGGCCGUGCUGGCGGCGGAGGUGCCGGAGGAGGAAGAUGAGACAGACAAGCCCUCGGGGGUCGCCAGGGUCGUUGGUGGCUCCGGCUGGACGGCAGCGCGAGCUACAUCACAGUUGUGCGGGCUCGUCGCUGACACGGCCUACGUGCUGCGACAGCUGCGAAGAGAUGACGGGGAGAUCUUCGUGAUCGAGGUGCCGCCGCCAGGCCAGGCGGCCCCCGCUUCUACCGCUACUACUCAACCCGUCGUUCUCCCGCUCGCCUUCACCAAUGGCGGUACUGGCGUGCUGACUUUUGACCCCAAGUACCGCAACAUGGAGCAGGCCACCGUGUACAAGGACGUGGAGCUGAAGAACGUCAUUGCCAAGUACCCGGACGGGCAGGGUGGCUGGCCGGUGUGCACCUUGACGGCGACGGAGGCCCCUUGGGCGUUCCUGCGCAGCGUGCCUACCUCCACAUCUCAUCGGCUGGCGGCGGACGGCAAGCCCUACAGCCCUGGCAGCAUGCCCUCCUCCUCGAUAGUCACCGUUACCAUCAAGUCGCUCAAGCCCACCAUUCUGCACGCGAUGGUGAAGGCGGUGUGUGACGCCCUGCGCAACCUUGCUGCCGCCGCCGCUGGCGCGAGCAACCAAGGCCAUCGGCGCAGUAACGGCAGCACCGGCUCCUCCAUUGCCGAGCGCGCAGCCGCGUGUCUGCUCGAUGCCCGCGUCGUGGUCUCCCUCGUUCAACAGAGCAGCGCCCGCUCGAGCGAGGACGACUGCGUGCACUUUGUGCAUAUCCUGACGGCAAUGAUGCGGCUCUGGCGGGACAUGCCAGAGGUGCAGCCGUACGACCAAGUGCCCCUCGCCAUGGCGAUGUCACACCUGAACACCCCGCUCUGCAGCAUCAUCCAGCACGUGAACGCCGACUCCGACACUGGUUCUUUCGUGUCGUUAUCAACUGGCACGUACAGCCCGUAUGUUCAGAGCCUACUCGCGUUGCUGGUGAGCGCCGUGCAUGCCGACUGCGCCUGGGCCGGUCGAAGCUACGUGGAGCAACUCCAGGGUCGCUGGCGCCGUCUGUGGGGGAUGUGGCAGCGCGCCGUCGUGUACCGGCCAUCACAGUUGGCAGAUGCGAAGAGGGGGAGGCACAAGGGGAUGCUGACCGUGCGUUCGAAUGGCGGGAGACGAGAUGGGGCCGCCGAGGAGGCGGCGACCGCCACCGCCGCAGGCAGCAGUGCCUUUCGCGCUCUCUUCCUGGCGCCGCCCUCGUCGCGGUCGAGCCGCUAUCAGCUGCAGGGAGCCACGCCAAGCGUGGAGAUGCCGCACGUGGACUCGCUCGACGCCUCGGUGGCUAUCGCAGGGUCGUCGACGACCGCGCAUGCGACAGCGGAAAGCCCGGAGCUGGAGCUGAGCGAUGGCAGCCACGCGGGUGAGGAGGACCCUCUCAAGGGCGGCAGUGGCGCCUACAACGCGGCGGCGAGCAGCGGUGGUAAGUCGCGAGCACCACCGCUUGUGGUGGAGCUGGUCGCCAUGCAGCCAGCAUCGACUGGGCCAGCGGACAUCAGGUCUUCGUCUCCCUUUUCCUCGGCGACGGAAAGCCACGACCGGCACCCGCAGCCGACGCAGACGUACCCUCGCCGGCCGUAUCCAAGCGGCGUGUCACGCAAGGGGAACGGACUCUGGGUGGUGCGCGCCACCUGCGCGGGUAAGGAAAAUGGCGAGGAGCAGAGCCCGUUCGCAGCGCGCGACGGAGCCGCACGCAGUGUAACGACCGUGCGUAGCGAUGUCGGCUUGACAACCGGCGUGUUCUACUGGGAGGUCUACGUGGCGAACAUUAGCCGCGCCGAGCACACCCCUGCCACGCUGGCCGGGGGCACGAAGUUGCCCUCCAACAUCCUCGUUGGAGUUGCGACGGAGCGGUGCGUGCCGAGACACAGAAGCAGCAGCGCCACCGGGAGCGGCGCGCACGCAGAGGGGCGAGACGGGUUCCUAGGCAGCGACGGUGAGUCGUGGGGUUUCGACGGAGGUCGUGCCAUGCGGCUCUGCCGUGGCCACGCGGUGGAGUCGAGCCCCCGUACGCGGUGGAAGAUGGACGACGUCAUUGGCUUUGUGCUGGACCUGCGCCAAAACAAGCUGUGCUGCCUGCAUAAUGGCCGUCUCGUCUCCGAGUUCAGCGAUACCUUCCUCUCGGAAGAGCAGCGCGCCGCGCGAGUCGCCGUCUUCCCCGUCAUCACGUGCACAGGGGAGGCCAGCUGCGAGGUGAACUUUGGCGCCACGGGUUUCGCCAGCACGCCGCCGCCGGGGUGUCUCCCGGUGGACUUGUCUAUCUACAUCAACGAGGAGGCGUGCCGGGUGUGGAAGGUGGUUCUGGCGGAUGAGGUCAGCACACCCCUUGCCUCGGCCACCGUAGCAGCCACGGCCCGCGCUGGACAGCCUGCCCGUCUUCUUCUUAGCCCUGUCAUCCCGCUGGUGGCCCAGCACCUGGCACGCUUCACACAGGGCCGCCAAGGCCCCCUGGAUGUCGUCCUCCUGUCCCUGGACUCCAACGCGAAGCUCGUCACCUCGCGCGAGUGCAAGACGGACGACGCGGCGAGCCUUCUCUUCGGCAGUGUGGCCGUCACAUCGGGCCGCUGGUACUUCGAGGUGGUGCUGCCGACGGAGCCGACCUUCAGCGUCGGCUGGCACGCGUGCAAGUCGCUUGAGGAGCAAGGCAGUGGUGGUAGAGGAGGCGCCGGCCUGGCGGGACUCAUCGGCAGCGUCGGUGGCGGCGCUGCCGGCGGUGCAGCGAACAACAGGGAUGCGGCCAUCGCCUCCCCAGUCUCGCCGGGCCGCGUGCAGCUCUGGGGCGACGGGCCUUCGUGGGUUUUCGAUGCCGGCCGCAUGAUCGCACGACACAACAAGCACCAGAUCAACCUUGCCCGUCGCGCAUGGAAGUGCGGCGACGUCGUCGGGUGCCUGCUCGACUGCGAGGCCGGGACGGUGAGCUUCAGCGUCAACGGCGAGUUCUUGAAGGCGGGGCACGGGAGCGGCGCCGUCGGGGGUGGUGGGCGGGGCGGUGGCAAUGUCACUGGGCUGGGUGGCACGCGCGGCAGCUCGGAGCCCCUCGAAGCCACUGCCGCUGCAUCCGUGUCUUCCACCCAAGAUGCACCCACGACGGCGCUCUUCAGCGAUGUGGGCAUGAACGAGACGCACGGGCUGGUGCCGGCCAUUCUGCUGGAACCCAAGUCGUCGCUUGUGUGUCUGUGGAACGAAGAGGAGCUUCUCUUCCCACCGACGGAGGGUGGCGGCUUCCGGGCACUUGGAGGUGCCAGCGCGGUACACGACGCGUUGGUAGACAUGAUCGUCGCACCGGAUGGUGAGGCCGCCGCCCGUUUCCGUAUGCUGCACCCACUCCACGACAGUGGGGACGCCGGCAGGCAGCCGAGAAGAGUGGAGAGGCUAUCCAAGCCGGUGGACGCCGUGGCGCUGCAGAAGCUGCUUUAUUACGCAAGUAAGGUGCAGGAGCUGCACCCCACCAGCCUGCGCAGCUACACGAUGCCAUCCCUCUACGGUGUUCAUGCUGCAGCGCAGAGCCUUGACAGCCCAAGCACAUCUGUUUUACCUCCUUGCGACCUGGAUGUCAACGCCGUCACGCCGAGUCGCGCCAUCUCGCAGAGGCAUCAGCAGCGCGACCUCUGCACUGCCAGCGGCCUCGACGCGGCCACGCUGCAACCGCACCUGAUGGCCCUGCUUCUCUUUGGGCACCUCUCCACCCUCCUCUACCCAUUCGCCCACCCAGCCGCUUUGCCGGUGACCGUCGAAAACGCGCCAUUGGGCAGCAGCUGGGCCUUUAGCGAACUGCAGGAGACGCUGCGGGCGUGCCAGCGGUACGCCCCGCCGUGGGCGUCGCUGCGAGCGCUGCAGUGGUCGCUGGACGCCUCAAACGGUGCGGGCAAUGCCGUGCGACUCAGCGUGAACCGGCGCAAGGCACUGACAGUGGUGCGGGACAGUACCGCCUCCGCUGUGCGCCGGCUUCGCGACAGCCUUUUCGGCCAGGUGUACCAGCUGCUCGCCAGCAAGCCCCCUGAGUUCUUCAUCACGAACAAGAAGCUCUGGACCGUCUCCUUCUAUGGUGAAGGCGCCGACGACGUUGGUGGCCCCUAUCGCGAGUGCCUCACGCAGAUGUCUGCGGAGCUGAUGAGUACCUCUCUUGCCCUCUUCUUGCCUAGCGCCAACAUGGCCAGCGAGCUUGGGGAGGUGCGGGACAGCUACGUCGUCAACCCGCUCUGCGCGCCACCGCUGGAGCUGCACAUGUACCGUUUUAUAGGGCGACUGAUGGGCGGUUGCCUGCGUGGCGGAGAGCCGCUCUCGCUCUACUUGCCCAGCGCACUUUGGAAGUGCCUGGUGGGGGAGGCGGCGGACGACACGGACAUGGCCCGCAUUGACAUGGCCACACUGAACGCGCUCGGCUAUGUGGAGCAGCUGGCUGGCUUUCGGUCACCGAGGGGGGCUCUCGGAGGCAGCGGCGACGGCGACAACGUCGUGCGCGACGAGGAGCUCGCAGAGCUGUGCCCUCGCGGGUUUUCGCUUCUGAAUGACGCCGGCGUAGUGGAGGAGCUCGUGCCGGGCGGGGAGCAGAUCCCGGUCACGGUCACCAGCGCCAACCUCUACACACGUCUUGUACGAGAGCAUAAGCUCUACCGUACAGGGGCGGCGCAGCUUCGCGCGCUGCAGCAAGGCUUCCACGAGGUGGUGCCGCUGUGCAGCAUAUCGGGGCUCAAGUGGUACGAACUGGAAGAGCUCGUGUGCGGACAGUGCGACUACGACCCGGAUGCGCUGCUGGACGCGGCCCGGUACGAGGGGCUGUCCCCCACCGACGUCCGCGUCAGGUUUCUCCGUAGCGUCCUCCGCGGCUUCACGCGGCACCAGCGCGGCCUCUUCAUGCGCUUCGUCAGCGGGCGAGAGCGCUUGCCGCCCGGGAUGCAUCUGAAGAUCAUGCCAGACGACGCACCACGUGUGGCGCCCAUCCCGCCCAUGACGCUGGACCGAGCAACACCGUCGCUGCAGCCUGCCUCUCCCGAUCGUCGGCAACGCAUGGCCACUUCCACUUCGCACGGCACGGCAACGGCAGUGAUGACGCCGCAGCCACCGCCGAGCAGCGAACAGCGGUGCGGCGCCUCUUUUGUGCGCCACAACACGCUCGCGCAGAGCUGCCCCAGCAGCAACACCGGAAGCAAUACACUGCCGCCGUCACCGCCGCAGCUCCCCUUCACGCCUCCCCCACCCCAGGCGAUGUCACGUAUGGUGUCGCCGCCUGCCCUGCAGCCAGGUCAGCUACAGCCGGUCCGGGGCAGCGGCAGCGGGGGGCUGUCGCACGCGCCAGCCUCACCGCUCGGCACGGGAGAGCGAUGCCGACAGCAGGAGUCGAAGAGAGGUGACGGGAUGGUCGAGGACGGCGUUGACUCCUCCUCCUGUGACGACACGCGCUUGCCGCAAGCUUCGACAUGCUUCUACUGGCUGCGCCUGCCCUGCUACAGCUCCACUGCAGUCAUGGCGCGGAAGCUUCUGUUCGCGAUUGAGCAGUGCGUUGAUAUCGAUGCGGACUUCCGCGUGAAUGACACGGACGUGGCGCAACAAGAAGUCGGCCCCAGCCUGGCCCGCGUCAGCAGCGACGAGGACGACCUCUUCGAGGACUUCUCUCAUCUACGGUGA